AUGGGUGGCUCUGAGGUGAACCUCAACCACCACCAAACGCGCGGGAGGACUGCUUCGUCCAGGAAGCCAUCCCAGAAGACGCCGGCCGCCAAGUCGAAGGGAAAGGGGCGGCCCAGGUCGGCGACCCGCAAGAAGAAGGUUCUACACACGACGUGUCCAUCCACGGCCACGUAUGAAGAACCACCCCAGCCGGAGCCCGAAGAGGAGGAGCCCGAAGAAGAGGAACCCGACGAGGAGGAGCCCGACGAGGAGGAGCCCGACGAGGAGGAGCCCGACGAGGAGGAGGCCGAACACUCUGACUCAUCGUACACCCUGGACCCGGACGAGAUCGGCAGUGACGACGAGGAGAGCCAGAAUCUUCUCCGGUCGUCCAACAUCGCGCCCAUGCGCACAACCCUUGACGUUCGCGUCCCGCGCUCGGCGAUCGGCGGAGGAGGUAUCCGCCGGUCCGAUUUUGCUCGCCGCAAUUCCACCGGUGGCCCUGGCCGCGGAGCCUCGUCCGCACGCGGCCGCCCAUCAUCCGUCGGCGGCCGCACUGGUCAACCCAGUCUUCUAGCCGGCCGCGGACACAGCAGGGCCUCGGGCGGUGGCGCAUCCGGCAGGCCUGGCGCUGGUGCUUCGGACGGUCGCGGCCGCGCGUCAUCCGUGGGCGGCGGCGGUCGUCAAUCCGGUCUACUCGGCGGCCGCGGCUCUGGCAGUGCCUCUGGCGGUGGCCCCUUGGGGUGGCCUGGCGCUGGUUCUUCGGAAGGUGGCGGGUCUACCAGUGGGAGGAGUGCCACGAAGACGGGCAUUGGCGGGGUAUCAACCAUCAACAUGGAGAUGUCCGGACAAAACCUCUUCGACGCGCUUGACACUGCGCUGGUGCCCAAGGCGGCGAAGGCCGCGCUGUUGGGCCUUUUGCUGCAGCUCAUCAGCCCCGACGUGUCGUCUCGGCCAGGUCGGGAACUACACGCAGAGAUCCGCAACGCCAUCGCCGAAUUCCUCGUCCCUCUCAUGGAAGAGGAAGCAUCCACGAACAACCCGAUGACCGGCGCGGACCUGUUCCGUGGCGUCCGCGAGCGGAUAAUGGACGUCGACCCCGAGUCAACGGAACUGACUGGCCUGAUGUCCCGCAUCAUGUGGCGCUUUACCAAGGCGCACCAAGCUUCCACCCGUAAGGCCCUCACCUUGGGGUACCUCUUGGGACCGGAGAGACUGAAGGAAGACUUCCUUGGACAGGUUGUCACUCCCGCAUUGCUGCAAGCAGCUAACGAUAUCGCGGCCCUUCCGGUCAACGAGAUCGGAACCCACGAGACAAUUGUCUGCAAGGUCACCCGGAAGUCGAGAGCCUGGAUCAAGCUAUCUGCUGGCGGCUUUGGUUCCGCCAACGCCUGGGCCUUCCAAGAGAGCUCCGACUUCCACAAGCCGGAGAUCAUGCGCUUCCUCGCCCCCUACUACGUCGAGAAGGACAGCCUCGUUGUGCCGGAGACCCCGGCGGCAGACGUUUACGUCCAGGAUGAUGAUCUUGAAGCAUACCUCAACGACAUGUUUUAA